CCUCCUUCCUCUCUCCCUCCCUCUGGCGUCCCCAGCCGACUCCCGCUUCCGGUCGGCGGCAGUCUGCGGAAGGGUGUCCCGCCUCUUCCGCCUUUACAGAGGAGGUGGCGGCGGCGGCGGCGGCGGCGGCGCCUGCGCGUCUUCUGUCAGGGUCAGCAGGCGGGUCCCCUGGGUGGUCCACCUGCGCUUCGCGGAGCCGCGCCGUGGGGGUCGAUGGCGAUGAACUACAACGCGAAGGAUGAAGUGGAUGGUGGGCCCCCGUGUGCUCCUGGGGGCACCGCUAAGAACCGGAGGCCGGAUAACACGGCCUUCAAACAGCAACGGUUGCCGGCUUGGCAGCCCAUUCUUACGGCUGGCACGGUGCUACCUACCUUCUUCAUCAUCGGCCUCAUCUUCAUCCCCAUUGGCAUCGGCAUCUUCGUCACCUCCAACAACAUCCGCGAGAUCGAGAUUGAUUAUACCGGAACAGACCCUUCCAGUCCCUGCAAUAAAUGUUUGUCUCCGAAUGUGACACCUUGUAUUUGUACCAUUAACUUCACACUGGAACAGUCAUUUGAGGGUAAUGUGUUUAUGUAUUAUGGACUGUCUAAUUUCUAUCAAAACCAUCGUCGUUAUGUGAAAUCUCGAGAUGACAGUCAGCUAAAUGGAGAUGCUAGUGCUUUGCUUAAUCCCAGUAAAGAAUGUGAGCCUUAUCGAAGAAACGAAGACAAACCAAUUGCUCCUUGUGGAGCUAUUGCCAACAGCAUGUUUAAUGAUACAUUAGAAUUGUUUCUGGUUGGCAAUGAAUCUCAUCCUACACCUAUUCCUUUGAAAAAGAAAGGUAUUGCUUGGUGGACAGAUAAAAAUGUAAAAUUCAGAAAUCCCCCUGGAGGAGAAAGUCUAGAAGAACGAUUUAAAGAUACAACAAAGCCAGUAAACUGGGUUAAACCAGUGUACAUGCUGGAUUCUGAACCAGAUAAUAAUGGGUUCAUAAAUGAGGAUUUUAUUGUUUGGAUGCGAACUGCAGCAUUACCUACUUUUCGUAAGUUAUAUCGUCUAAUAGAGCGGAAAAGUGAUUUACAUCCAACAUUGCCAGCUGGACGAUACUAUUUGAAUAUCACAUACAAUUACCCUGUACACUCUUUUGAUGGACGAAAACGGAUGAUCUUGAGCACUAUUUCAUGGAUGGGAGGAAAAAAUCCAUUUUUGGGGAUUGCUUACAUCACUAUUGGAUCCAUCUCCUUCCUUCUAGGAGUUGUACUACUAGUAAUCAAUCAUAAAUAUAGAAACAGUAGUAAUACUGCUGACAUUACCAUUUAAUUUUAUAUUCUGAAAACAGAUUUACUGCAUGUGCAUCAAGGCCAGUCCUAUUCAACCUAGCUUUCGAAUGCUGAUGUCUGGUUAGUAUGUCAUUUUUGAAGUUGGCACAUAACUUUGGUUUUUUAAAAAAAAAACAGUUUUUGUCCUUUGCUUCUUCCUUAUGGAUGUCUUAUGGAACUAUAUGACGGGUAUGAAACAAAUUAACUAUAUAGAUCAUAUCAACACCAUAACUGCUGAAAUGGCAUUCUAAUGUUUGCUUUUUGUUGGGUCAGGCCAUAUGAUGCAUAGUCUCUUUUAUGUGAAAUGCAUCUAUUGCUUAAAUAUUUAUGCUGUGUUGAUAAUAUUAUAUUGACAUGUGAUGCUGUAUAUGUGUGCCUGUUGUGUGAAGAAAGGGAUUACAAGAUGUAUGAAUAUAACACCUUGCUAACCUUGCAGGAUUCAGAGUUACAAAAAAGAUCUAAAUCUAAAUAAAACACUUCAUCAUUUUCAUGUGUCAUGUGUAAAGGCUUAAAGUGCCAUCUUUGUUGAGGUUGUUCAAGUAUUCCAUUUAUCCAGUACAGUUCUUUGUCAAGUAUAGCUUUGAUUUCAAAGGACAUGCUUACCUUGUCUAGCAUAGGAAUUAAUGGUCAUGUCUGAAGAGGUCAGAUGGGUCUCAGGUGGGAGAAUUUAAAAUUCCUUUUUCCAUUUGAUUAAGAUGUUGCAGUCAGGAACCCCAACUCACUUGAUAUGUUUUUACAUGUGAUCAUUUCCCUUGAAGCUUAUACUUUAUAAGGGACAAAAGAAUAUAGGUGAGAUGGGAAAAUUUCUUGGCAGACCUUCAUCUUCUGCCAGAUGUAAGUGUUCAGAGGAAACUGUUUUCAUUCUUGUGGUAUUUAACAUUCAGAAAUUUGCUUCAGCAUUGGAAAUACCUCAGGCUAUUUUUAUUUUGCAGGUAAGUUUUGAUUUAAGUACUAAUGUUGUAUUGUAGAAAAUUUAGAAAACAGUGACUUUCAUAUUUCAUUCAAUUUUUGCAUAUAGGUCAAAUAUAGAGAUGUAUGCACAUUCUCUUUGGUUAAGGUACCAAUUAUUUUGGUUGGUUUUUCCUAAGACACUUAAAAAAUAAAUUCUUUAAAUUUCCCAAUUAAAUUCUGGAGAUUUUGCAGUAUGCACAUGAUAAAUUAUAAUAUAUAUGGUUGAAGUUACUUUAUUUUCUAUUAACUGGAAUUAUUUUAAUAUUCCUUAUUGAAUAAAUGCUGUAAUUUGUUUGCUAUGGAACUUACUCUUGAAUGUAAACUUACUUUUUCAACAUGCAUGAAAAUGUAUGUCUUAAUCAGAGGUGGCUUAAUUGCAUAGAAAUGGCUUUUCUUUUUUAACUAAAAUAACUCCUAUAUUUGUAUAGAAGAAUGGCUGUUUAUUCAGAGUUUGUGAUGAUUUUGUUCAGUUAUAUUUUAAAUCAAAAGGUCUGGGUAAUGUAUCAAUUUUGAUUAAUAUAUGUUUUUUUUUAAAAAAAAACAACAAAAAAUAAUGUAAUGGUUAAUAGAAAUGUGCCACACUUCUUAAGUUUUGUAUAACAUGAAAUUUAGUUAAAAGAACUUGUAAUUCAUAAUUACUUUUAACUGGUAGAAUAGCACUUGCAUGAGGUACUAAUGUAUUAUUAUCCUGAAAUUUCUGAGUGCAUAGGGUAUUCUUUGUCUAAAAAUAUUCUUUGUCUUGUCAGUCCUUCAGAAUAUUGUUAUUUAUUCUGACCAUUGACCCUCUUUCACAUGGCAAUUUAUUUUCUGGGACACAUCACUGGGAGAGAAGGUUUUUGCCAGUCUUCCCAGAUUGAGUUUGUUUUGUUCAAGGAGGACUGCCGUCCUGCGUCUCUUUUUCUAAUUAGGGGACCAAAGGUGCCACGAAAGAAAAGUUGAAGACCCUUCCAACACUUUCUCAUCUGGGGUGAAGACAGAAUCUUAAGAUAUAUUUGGAGUUUUAUCUAUUUACAAGUUCAUCGAUGGCCUAAUUUCCUUCCCGUCUCCUGCCGUUUGAGCGCUAAGGGAUUCCUGUUACUAAUUAUGAAGAAUGCGGAACAUUCAUAUGGCCUCUGCGAAGCCUGGUGGGAAGGAAAAACAUUUCUUUUUUUAUGGGGCUUAUGCUCAUCUUUUGGAAAUAUUAAUGUCAUAUUCAACUUUUAGAGAAUCAUACUGCAUUUUAUUGCAUUCAGGUUAAGUAGAAGGCAUUGAAGAAUGCAUUGACUUACAGGAAGUAUUUUGAUAUAUGAAAUUUCCCAAUUGAAGGAAUUAUUUAAUAUGUAAAAGCUAAGAAGUUUCAUUGAAAUCAUAAGGCAGUUAAAAAUGAAUUGGUAAAAAUAAUUGUACUACCAAAUGGAGAAUUAUUCAACCAAGAGGAGAGUCAAGUGAAUAUUUUUUGUUUAUUGGUUAGUAUCAGUUUGUUUGUAACCUUGAUUAUAUUUAAAGAUAAUGUUCUGUUAGUAUGUUCUGUAUUAAUAAAAAUGAACAAAUUAAUUUUGCUAUGUUCAAGUGUCUUGCUAAAAUAAUAAUGCCUCAGUGUUGUUGUUAAUGUUUAAGCACUAAAUUUUAGCCCAAGGUCAAUAAAUCCCACGUUUUAACAUU